AAAUAGGCGGCGGCGGCAAGGCCUUAGCGAGUUGUUUGCGCCUGCUCGUCGGGAGCUAUGGACCGGCCGGGCUGCCCCUGCGCUGCCGGUGGCACUUGUACCUGUGGUGACAGCUGCAAAUGCAAGAACUGCAAAUGCACCUCAUGCAAAAAAGGGUGCUGUUCCUGUUGCCCAGCUGGAUGUACCAAGUGUGCACAAGGAUGUGUCUGCAAGGGACCGCCUCCCACCACAUGCAGCUGCUGCAAAUAACAUGUGCAAGUGACCUUCCUGAUAAGAAGCUGUAAAUGUAGUGAUGGGGGGGGGGGAAUAACAUUAUUGUGCUCUGUGUAUAUUGGUCCAAGUAUCUCUAGUAUUUAUGAUGUAUGAGUAUAAGCUAGUGAAGUAAUAAAACUAAGUGUACAGAGAU